CUCCCAGUAACCCCAGUGACCUCCUGAUCCCCCCAGGUCCUGCCCGUGCCGGUCCCGUGACUGCAGAGACCCCCGGCCAUGGGUGAGCGCAAGGGCACCAACAAGUACUACCCGCCGGACUUCGACCCUGCCAAGCAUGGCUCCCUCAACAAAUACCACCGCAGCCACCCCCUGCGCGAGCGCGCCCGAAAACUCUCCCAGGGCAUCCUGGUCAUCAGGUUCGAGAUGCCCUUCAACAUCUGGUGCGACGGCUGCCAGAACCACAUCGGGAUGGGUGUCAGGUACAACGCGGAGAAGAAGAAGGUGGGGUCGUACUACACCACACCUGUGUACAGGUUCAGGAUGAAGUGCCACCUGUGCGUCAACUACAUCGAGCUGCAGACGGACCCCGGGAACUGCGACUACGUGAUCGUCAGCGGGGCGCGGCGCAAGGAGGAGCGCUGGGAGCCGGGGGACAGCGGCCAGGUGCUGCCCAACUCCGCGGAGCAGCGGGAGCGCCUGGCGCUGGACCCCAUGUUCCGCCUGGAGCACGGCGUGUCGGACCGGGGGGUCCUGGAGCGCGCCGCCCCCACGCUGACCCGGCUGCAGGAGGCCCAGCACGCCUGGAAGGACGACUUCGGCCUCAACAGCCGCCUCCGCAGGCGGUUCCGGGAGGAGAAGAAGACGCUGCGGGAGGAGGAGGAGGAGGCGGCGGCGCUGCGGGCGCGGGCCGGGCUCAGCAUCCCGCUGCUCCGCGAGGAGGAGGAGGAUCGGCGCCUGGCCGCGCUGCUCAGCCUGCGAGCCCCCGACUCCUACGAGGAGAAGCAGCGGCUGAAGCGCUCCGAGAUCUCCCAGCGCUCCUGGUUCUCCCCCGGCACCGCCCGAUCGCCCGCGGGGGCCCUGCAGAAAUUGGGUCUGGGGGCGGCACGAACGCCCAAAGCACCCCCGGGCCCCCCCCCGACCCCCGCCGGGCUCGGGAUCGUGCGGCGGAGAGCGGGGGAGGAGGGAGGGGGCGCGGAGGGGCACCGCGGGACCCCCCAACCUGGGGGAGCCCCCCAGGACCCCCCCGGGGCCGCCCCCCAACCUGGGGGAGCCCCCCCGGACCCCCCCGAGGCCGCCCCCCAACCUGGGGGAGCCCCCCAGGACCCCCCCGGGGCCGCCCCCGCCCCGUCCUUGGUCGCCGACUACUCGGACUCGGGCUCCGAGAGCCCCUGA